AUGUUUCCGACCUUAUUACGGCGGGCUGCUGCCCUCCCAAAGUUCGACUUUGCUAGAAAUCCAUACAAAUCCAAACGAACAUGGCCGCCGGACUUUACCAAACUCUCGCAGAAGCAUCAAUUCCGCCUCGAACGCCGAUACCGUAGAAGAGCAAAGCUGAAGUGGGCAAGACCAGCAUGGACGAAGUUCGUCAAGCUUUCGACCUGGGCCACCAUCUCAUUCGUCGUUGUCUACGGCGUACUGUUCAUGGACACAAAUGAGAGUGGCACUGUCUUUGACACCAUCCGAGAGUACUAUGCGAGAGCGACCAAAGAUAUGUUUGGCACCCCAGUAAGACGUUCUGCCAUCAAGGCAUCUGCUGCGUCCGAUGAUGAUCAGUCCGUAUGA